UGAAAAAUAUUUUGUAGUUACUAAUACUCUUUUUCAUUUUAGUUAGCUGCUUAUUUUAUUUGGCUAGGUAGUCAAGUUUAUGUUGGACAGUUAAAAGAGGAAGAAUCCAACACCAACAUGAUCCAGUAGCAUCAGACACAGUCACACAGAUACUCAGACCACUACCAUGUAUUGCUUAUCCUGCCUAUCCACAACCAAACCUCUAACUCUUGCUUCUCUUCCCACUAAUAAUGACUCUCACUCUCACUCUCCUCCAUUAAUCCAAACCAAUCACACUAAUACUAGACCUCCCACUCCCAUGCACAUAACUAUACCACAACCCAAAACAACUCUACCAACAACAAAGAAGCAGAAGCAAAAACGAAAACAACCAUCAAUAGAAGAAAUAGAACGUGCUAUUAGCGCCGGAAGGUACCGUGACAUUGAUCCCAAGGAAUUGGAUGAGUUAGACAAGUCUAAGUUCGACUUGGCUUCCAUGAGUUUUGGUGACAAGUUUGAAAGCCCUGUGGAGAAGAAGCUCCGUGAGACUGGAGAGUCGCUAGAGACUUGGACCCAAAACAGUCUUUGUGAGCAGGUGAAGGUAUUUUUAAUUUUAUACUUGUGGUUGGUGGAAGCGAGAGUAAAAUUAAUUGAGCUGCAGAAUUCAAUAAUACAAAAUAGUUCGUAGGGUUUGAGGAAGAUGCCAGAGUUUGAAGGACCAUCUGUGUUAAUACUAGUAUUCUAUAUGCAUCAUUGGAUAAUUUGGGUUUUCCAGUUGUGACCAUGUACUUCAAUUCUUAGAAGAAGUUAGCAAGCAGGAGGUGCUGAGCAGUGGCAUUCUGGCUUAGAGUGAAAUUGAUUAGUUGAACAACUAAACAAGAGGAUUUGGUGUCAUGUCUUUACUCUUUAUAGUAAUAAAGAGAGUAUAUUUUGUUCAUUGAAACUUUGAGUGGGUCGCUUUCUCUUAGGUGUUUUUUUUUUUUUAAGUAGAUAGUGGAGGGAGGGGGAAGCCACGAGUGGCAUUCGAACCACAAACAUGGGAUAUCAUAAAGAGUGCCAUUACCACUAAAUUAUCACUUGUAUCCUUGGAUUUCUAGUUUUUAAUGCAUGAGGAGAAUUACCUAUUGUUAUUAAUGGAUUUGGAUUAAACUUUUUUUUUGGUGGAAGAGAGACUAAAUAGACUAAGAGAUAAUUUAUUAGGCUGCUGCUGAAGUCAAUAAAAUAUUUCUUAUGGUUUUGAGGAAGAUUCUAGAGUUUAAUGCAAGUAUGUAGUAGCUGAUGACACCCGGUGAACAUGAUUACUGCAAUUUACCUAUUACUGCUUUUGUCUCUUGGAAGGUCUUUCUGUUGCAUAUAUGAAAAUUUUCCCCAAAUGAUGGAAAGACACUUUAACUUUAAAAAAAUUCCACUAUGGGUCAAACCUUGUACCUUGAAAGGAAAGGAAAAUAUCAAUCAGUCAUACUUAAAAAAAAAA